CAUCCGCAUCCGCAUCCGCAUCCGUAUCAUCCCCCUCAGCCAACCUCUUCUUAUCCCUACUCUGCGCCUCCUCCCACCCCUCAUACUCGCCCUCCUCAAACCUGCGACAAUAAUCGCCCUGCUUCUCCGAACCCAAGUUCGUCCAUUUCCUCGCCAGGUCUUGGUCGACAUCAUAUGUUCCCUCUUUGAUCUUCUCCCUGUUCGCUACGAGGAGAACGGAGCGCAUGGACUUCACGAACACGUCGAAGCCGCUGCGCGGUUGUCGUGGAGCUGAGGUGCCGUUGGCUUGCGAGGAACGGGUAGUUGAUGCCCCGGCCGCAGCGGCGUUGGAUGGGUUGGAUGCUGAGCGGCCGUUUGCAGAGCCAGCGAAAGAGGCCUGACGCGAUCCAUUCCCAUGCGACAGCCCUGACGCAGCAUCAGGCUGAUCCUGCAGGAAAUCGGGUGCACGUCUUCCGCGUUUCGUUCUUAGAGGUUUCUCCUUCGGCUAUAGCUAAACAUUAGUCUCUUUGUUCUUCUUUCUUCUCUCCCAAGAAAGAAGGUAGGGCGACAUACCGUAGGCGGAGGGCUGGGACUGCCAUCUGAGUCUUCGACGUUUGUAGAGGUGCGCUUGGCGAGCUGUUCGAGGAGGAAGGCGCGCUCGAGACGCAUCUUUUCGAUUCCGCGGCGCAUGCGAAGGAGGCGGAUUCUAGAGGCGUCGUUGGCUUCUUCGACGGUCUUUAUGCGGUGACGGAGUUGGAUGCAUUUUCGGCGGUAGGCCUCUUCCACGGAGGGUGGGAGGGUUGGAGGGGGAACGCCGGCUGCUGGUUGAUAAUUAGCUUGGGAGGUUCGUUUUGAAGGCAUUGCGAUAUCGCAGAGCUGUGCGGCGUCUGAUCAAGUGAAGAGACAAACGGGGCGUGAUGGUCUCUUGCGAUUUGCCCAGCCUUUGUUGCGAUCGUAGCAAAGGGAUGAAAGUCACUCACCAGGAGGGAGCACCAUCGUGCCAAUGUUUUUGCUUGGGAGCGACUAUAAUGCGGAUAGUCAAUCGUGCAUGCGGUGAGGUGAGUGGAUAUGGCUGGAGGGUAGCUAGGAUUUGCGUCGAUAACAAUGAUGAUGGCUAUCACAUCGAGUUCGGAAGUACGUACCUUCUGAACGCAACGUGUUGCGCACGCACCCAUACCGUGUCAUUUCAAAGUUCCUCAACGUCACUUGCUCUAGCCGUACUACAGUAUUACCUUGCUCUGUUUUGUUUGAGUCGGCAUUGAGAAUAGUAAUUAUCUCCCACACUCCUUGCCCCCCUCUAUUGGCGGCACAAUAGAAAGGCUUCCGCCUGCGAGCUAUGUCGCCCCCGAGCAACGCCGUCACAAACUCCCCACGUCGUCCUUCAGCUGCUUCAAGAGCCACCGCACCCUCGGUUAUGACAAUGAAUGACCACUUUGCUGCCGUCGGCGAUGCGCCGACUAAGGAGCAGUAUGAGCAUGGCAUACAGGUUAUAGACGAUGAGAAGGAGUACAAUCCGAAUCUCAAUACCUUUCUCCAGCAAACCGGCACGGCGCAAGCUGGCUUCAAUUACCACCUUAUUUCCGUCUUUGGCUCCCAGUCGACGGGAAAGUCGACGCUUCUCAACUACCUAUUUGGAACGGCCUUUGGUGUAAUGUCCGAGAGCGAGCGCAGACAGACUACGAAGGGAAUAUGGAUGUCCAAGAACAAGCGCGAAUCGGACAACGGAGGAGCGCACAAGAUGGCUGAGAACAUCUUGGUCAUGGAUGUGGAGGGCACGGAUGGCCGAGAAAGAGGGGAGGACCAGGACUUCGAGAGGAAAAGCGCAUUAUUCGCCCUGGCGACUAGCGAAGUCCUGAUAAUCAAUAUUUGGGAGCACCAGGUUGGUCUAUACCAGGGCGCGAAUAUGGGACUUUUGAAGACGGUCUUUGAAGUCAACCUACAGCUGUUUUUGAAGGAUAAGCAGGCCAACCCCCGCUCACUCCUGUUCUUCGUUAUUCGUGACCAUAUCGGGACAACCCCUCUCUCAAAUUUACAACAAACACUUAUUCAGGAUCUCACCAAAAUAUGGUCCUCUCUCUCGAAGCCUAAGGGACUCGAAAAAUCACGUAUAGAAGACUACUUCGACUUCGCUUUUGCAGCGCUACCACACAAGAUCCUACAGCCAGAGAAGUUUGAGGAAGAGGUACUCAAGUUAGGGACGAGAUUUAGAGCAGGCCACCGCGUCUCGAGACCUGAUGAUUCCCACACGGACCAGGAACUUGAAGGCGGUGUCUUCCUCCCAGAAUACCACAGGCGCAUCCCCGCAGACGGCUUCUCAGUAUACGCUUCAGGCGUAUGGGAGCAGAUCGUGCAUAACAAAGACCUUGAUCUCCCAACCCAGCAAGAGCUCCUCGCACAGUUCCGUUGCGACGAGAUUGCACGAGAAGUUCUUGUAGCCUUCGACGAGAUCAUCGCUCCCCUAGAAGAGAAGCAGGCGGAAGGUACUAGGCUUGGUAACUUGAUCGUUAUUGCUGAGCUUGGAAUAAGUGGUCUCAAGGCAAGGUCUGCUGCCGUUAAGGCAUUCGAGGCAGAGGCAAGCCGUUACCACAAGGGUGUCUACUCGCGCAAGCGUGUGGAACUCGAAUCUAAAAUCGACACUCGCCUGAAGGCCCUGUACCAUGACCAACUCUCUGCCGUGCACAAGGCGGGCGUCAAGUCGUUCAGCGACGCCGUCGGAGAUGCCGUCAAGAUCGGGCAGAAGAAGGGCGCCUCAUACGAGUUUGCGGAGAUUGUGGACAAGGAGAAGACCAAGGCGCUGGAGACUUUUGAGGUCGAAGCAAAGAGCCUGGCCGUCCCUGGCGUUCCAUGGGCCAACUUCAAGCAACAGUACAAGCUUUUCGGAAAAGAGCUUGACGAAGUUAGCGCGCGCUUACGGCGAGAGGAAAUGCGCCGACUGGCAACCCGGAUAGAACGCUGGGUUAAGUCUCGCCUUGGUGAAUCAGUGGGCUUGGAAUUCAACAAGAUCGGUUCCGGCCGUGGUGGUUCUGGUGCGCCCGAAGAGGGAACUAAGCCUACCGAGAAGGACCUCUGGGACCGGAUAUGGACCCUCUUCAUUUCGACAGUCAAAGAAGCCGAGACGCGAUUCCUCGACCGUGCUCAAAGCUUCGACGCCAGCGAGUCCGAGAAAGAGGUCGGCCUGUGGCGCCUGAGGAGAAAAUCGUGGGCGGUGCUGCGAGUGCGAAUCGAUGAAGAGGUGAUGGAAGGUAAUAUUUUGCUUAAACUGAGAGAAAACUUCGAGGACAAGUUCCGCUACGACGAUGCUGGCGUGCCCAGGAUAUGGAGACCAACAGACGAUAUCGAGGGUAUCUACACCAAGGCACGUGAAUCUACGCUAGCCCUCAUCCCGUUAUUGUCAAGAUUCCGACUUGCAGAGAGCUAUGCGCCGCCGCCGCUACCGGACUGGAUUGGGCAUGCCCCUGAUGCUGUGGUACCGGAUGACGAGGAGGAUUUAACCCCUAUAGGCGGUGUGGACGAGGAAGAAGGCAAGAGCCUAGAGGAGGAGAUGACCGUGCUCAGUGAGGCAAAGCGACAAGAUCUAGUUGUGAGGUUCAAGAAGAUGGCAGACGGUGUCUACGUCGAGGCAAAGCGCAGUGCAAUCGGCGGCGUGACACAGGUCCCGCUGUACUUCUGGGCCUUAAUGGUUGCUCUCGGGUGGAACGAGAUUGUGGCUGUCAUCCGCAAUCCGAUUUACUUCAUCUUCCUGAUCCUCGCCGGCAUCGGCGCCUACGUGACGUACACGCUCAACCUCUGGGGCCCCAUCAUCAGGAUGUCAAAUGCGGCGGCGCAGCAGGCGCUGGACAUUGGCAAGGAGCGCCUGCGCGAUUUCCUGGAGUCGAAUGAUGCGGGGAGGCAGGCACUGAAUAUGGCGUCGGCGAAGGAGGAUAGUGAUAAUAUUAACUUGCAGUCUUUGGAUAGCAGGGGGAGGAGGAAGGCGAGGAUGGCGAGGGGGAAGGAGGAGGAUGAUAGUGAGGAGGAGAUGGACUUGUAAAGUUUUUGGAUGGAGGUAUGAAGUAUGAAGUAAUGCUGGAUGGGAUGGGGUGGGCGGCUGGGGGGAGAGGCGGAAUUGUAUGUAGUGGGGUUGACGAGGUAGAUUAGGGACGUGAUAUUGUAAAUGUUUUAACAUAGAUGAAGAGCCAUCUAGCCA